UUCUUUCCAUUCCCAUCACUCCCAAGAGUUACAGAUCCAGUGUGAGGAGAUGGGGCGUCCUUGGACUUUGCUGCUCUUCUUGUUCUUGUUCUUCUUCCUCUUCCUCUUUCUGUUUUUCUGGUCAACUCUCUCCCUCCGCCCGCCAUUCCUGGGAUUCGACCCUCUAUUUUCUGAACUCACCGCACCCUCUUCAAACCAACUUCCUGAUUUCCCAUGUAAACCACCCUAUCAAAAUUCCUUCCCUUUCUGCGACACUUCCCUUCCUACUCCAACCCGAGCUCACUCCCUCGUCUCCCUUCUUACUCUCCCUGAAAAAAUUAGUUUACUCUCCAACAACGCUUCAGGCAUUCCACGACUCGGUAUUCCCCCUUAUGAGUGGUGGUCCGAAUCGCUUCACGGGAUCGCUGCCAAUGGUCCUGGGGUCUCCUUCAAUGGCACAAUUCCCUCAGCUACAAGCUUCCCUCAAAUCAUUGUUCAAGCAGCCUCCUUCAAUAGGUCCCUCUGGUCUUCCGUCGCAUCAGCUAUUGCGGUCGAAGCUAGAGCUAUGUACAAUGUUGGUCAGGCCGGGUUGACUUUCUGGGCACCGAAUAUUAACAUUUUCAGGGACCCUAGAUGGGGUAGAGGACAAGAAACACCAGGAGAGGACCCAAUGCUGACGUCGGCUUUUGCGAUUGAGUACGUGAGGGCCCUUCAAGGUGGGAGUUGGGAGAGGAGUGAGGAAAUUAGAAAUGGUUACGGAGGGCAAAGGGUGAUGAGUGAGAAUGGUGAGAGUCAUGAGAAACUUAUGGUGUCUGCUUGCUGCAAACAUUAUACAGCUUAUGACUUGGAAAGUUGGCAUAACUUCGCUAGCUACAAUUUCAAUGCUGUGGUUUCCCAGCAAGAUUUGGAGGACACUUAUCAACCUCCAUUUCGUAGUUGUAUCCAACGAGGGAAAGCAAGCUGCUUGAUGUGUUCCUACACCGCCGUUAAUGGGGUUCCUGCUUGUGCUAGUGAGGAGCUCUUGAGAAUAGCUAGAAAAGACUGGGGCUUUCAGGGAUAUAUCACUUCAGACUGUGAUGCUGUGGCCACGGUUUAUGAAUAUCAAAAUUACACAAAAUCCCCGGAAGAUGCGGUUGCUGAUGUCCUCGAAGCAGGCGUUGAUAUCAAUUGUGGGACGUAUAUGGUUUGGAAAACUGAAUCAGCUGUCAAACAAGGAAAGGUGAAAGAGAAAGAGAUAGACAGAGCUCUUUUCAACCUUUUUUCUGUUCAAUUGCGUCUUGGAUUGUUUGAUGGAGAUCCCAGAAGAGGCCAGUUUGGGAACCUUGGCCCACUGGAUGUUUGUACCCCAGAGCACAAAACACUGGCACUUGAAGCGGCAAGGCAGGGGAUCGUACUUUUGAAGAAUGAUAAGAAGUUCCUUCCUUUAAAUAAGAAUGUUGCUGAAACCUUGGCAGUUAUUGGCCCAAUGGCCUCUACAAGCAAGUUAGGUGGUGCCUACACAGGAACACCCUGCAGCUCAAAAACCUUAUAUGAGGAGCUCAAACAAUACGUAAAGAAGAUAUCAUAUGCUCCUGGUUGCAUUGAUGUAUCAUGUCUUUCUGACGUUGCUUUUGAUGAUGCUAUUCGCACGGCUAAAGAAGCUGAUUAUGUUGUUAUAUUUGCUGGGAUCGAUACAACACAAGAGGCAGAGGAACUUGAUCGACCUAGUCUUCUCCUACCUGGGAAACAGGCGUCUCUUGUAUCCUCUGUUGCUGCUGCUAGUAAAUGCCCUCUGAUUCUAGUCCUUACUGGUGGAGGUCCCCUUGAUGUCUCCUUUGCAGAAGCAAAUCCCCGGAUUGCAAGUAUUCUCUGGGUUGGAUAUCCUGGUGAAGCUGGAGGCAAAGCACUAGCUGAAAUUAUCUUUGGAGAGGCCAAUCCAGGUGGAAGGCUUCCGAUGACUUGGUACCCUGAGUCAUUCACCAGGGUUUCCAUGACUGACAUGCGCAUGCGUGCUGAUCCCACUCGUGAUUAUCCAGGAAGGACCUACCGAUUUUAUACCGGAAGUAGAAUAUAUGGAUUUGGACAUGGCUUAAGUUACAGUACUUUCUCAUACCAGUUCUUAUCAGCACCGAGUAAGAUUGGUUUGUCAGGCACCCUCAAAGAUGGUUCCGUAAAGGGUACAUUAAAACAAGAAGGGAAGCAAGUUUAUUCCGUUGAUUAUAUUCCGGUUGAUGAGAUGCAAAAUUGCAUCUCAUUAAGAUUCUCGGUGCAAGUUUCUGUGGUGAACUAUGGUAAGCUGGAUGGAAGUCAUGUUGUGAUGUUGUUCUCUAGAGGGCCGGAAGGUUUAAAAGGCUCACCCGAAAUACAGCUUAUUGGAUUCGAUCGUCUGCAUACUGUUUCUUACAAGCAUACUGAAACAAGCUUUUUGGUGAAUCCAUGUGAGCACUUAAGCGUUGUGGAUGAGUAUGGAAAAAGGAUUCUUCCCUUGGGAUGAACGCUAGCGGCAUGCUCAACACAUGCAAGUAGGACGGGAAGUGGUGUUUCCAGUGGCGGAUGGGUGAGUAACACGUAAGAACCUGCCCUUGGGAGGGGAACAAUAGUCAAAAACGACUGCUAAUACCUUGUAGGCUGAGGAGCAAAAGGAGGAAUCCGCCCGAGGAAGGGCUCGCGUUUGAUUAGCUAGUUGGUGAGGCAAUAGCUUACCAAGGUCAUGAUCAGUAGCUGGUCCGAGAGGAUGAUCAGCCAUAUUGGGACUAAGACACAGCCCAGACUCCUACGGGAGGCAACAGUGGGGAAUUUUUCACAAUGGGUGAAAGCCUGACGGAGCAAUGCCGCGUGGAGGUAACCCUGAAUCAUUACUCUGCAGUCAUUUUUUUUUUAAAUCUCCAUCUACCUACGGCUUACCCUAAAGUCACUCCAUCAAGUACCACAGUCAAAAAGCAAACAACCAAAGGAAGACUUGGACUGCCGUGUUUGCUCUAGAAAUUACGGGUUGUGCGUUCCUUCUUUUUACUUUUUACUAACUAAACUCUUAUUCCCUGCAAGUCCAAUUGAAAACUUCGGCCUGGCUUAGGAUUUCAUAUUUGAGGGAGGGAAAGAGAACGACUGAAGAUUUGGCGGAGGCAAAGACGUUGCCCUCCCUUCCUUUUUAGAUUCAGUUUGCCACUUGCUACAAGUCUGACUGUGUUUAACUUUUUUUUAAUAAUAAUUGCCUAUCUUCCCUUCAUUAUUACUUUCCCACUUCGCUCACCUCUCCGUCCUCGUCCUUAAUGGCUCCUCAUUUUGCUCUUCUUCCUCUUUCCACUUUCCCCUAUUGCCACCUCUAUCCUUCUUAUUUCAACCCUCCCACCAACUCCUCAACACCUCGAGGCAUAUUCUUCAUUCUCUACUCUUCAUCUCCUCCAAUUAUCUUUUCCCUCCUUAGUUACUACCCCUCUCUUUUGCAGGAUUCUCUGGAUUUUCGGUCAUCACCUCUUGCUCUUUUAAUGGUAGAGAUGCGGAUGGCCUCAAGAGCGACAACCGCCUUCGUGAACAAUAAGAAGACUAAAAUUAUUAAACUGGACAACCCAUCCAAUCGGUUUUUUUUCCUGGUUUGAUCAUAAGGCUGGUUUUUUGCUUCAAUCAGAUUGGACUUGAGACCGGUUCACCAGUUUUUCGGUUGAACUGGCUGGUCUGGUCCCUUUUUCUUUUCUUUUUUUUUUCAAUGUGAGAUACAAUCUUAUAUUGAAUCCAGGUGAUUCAUAUCACAGUUUCGGUUAAAAAAUAUUUAAAUGAAAUGCUGAAGCAUCUGUUUCUACUCAUUUACAUCACAUUUGACGAUAAUGUUGGCUUAUGGUUAGACAGCACUAGCUGUAGCAAAAAAUUUUCC